CCUCUCGCUCACCGCUCUCAUGCACUCAUCCUCUCAUUCCUCUCCUCCAUUUAAACCCCACUAACCCACCCUUCCCUUCCAUUCACAACCCUAAUCUCCUAACUCAUCUCUCUCUCUCUCUCUCUCUCUCCCCCCAUCACCUUCCUCUGCUUCUCUCAGCCAUGGUUGCUGUGUCUCGUCCUCCUCCUCCUGACAACCUCUUCCUCUUCAAGUCCUGCAACAAGCCCGCCACCUUCUUCGACGGAAUCCCUGUUGUCGACCUCUCCCGCUCCGACGCCAAGUCCCUUGUCAUCCAGGCCUCCCAGGAAUUCGGCUUCUUCAAACUCCUCAACCAUGGCGUCCCAAUGGAGUUGAUCACUGCUGUCGAGAAUGAAGCCCUCAGGUUCUUCGCCAGACCUCAGUCCGACAAAGACCGCGCAGGCCCUCCUGACCCUUUCGGCUAUGGAAGCAAAAGAAUUGGCUGGAACGGCGAUGUCGGUUGGAUCGAAUAUCUCCUCCUCAACUUUAAUCCCGAUGUCAUCUCGCCCAACACUCUCUUCGUCUUCAAUCAAUACCCCCCUGCUUUCUGCUCUGCUUUGGAGAAAUAUGUUUCGGCGGUGAGGAACCUGAGCUAUCAGGUGUUGGAAUUAAUGGCGGACGGGCUGGGUAUUGAAGAAAGGAAUGCAUUUAGCAGGCUGCUGAGGGACGAGAAGAGCGAUUCUCUGUUCAGGCUGAACCACUAUCCCCCGUGUUCGGAGCAGGAAGCAUUGAGUGGAAAGAGCUUGAUUGGGUUCGGAGAACACACGGACCCACAGUUGAUUUCUGUGCUGAGAUCCAACAACACGUCGGGCCUGCAAAUUUGCCUCAGAGAUGGGGCCUGGGUUUCGGUCCCAUCGGAUCACACCUCGUUUUUCAUCAACAUUGGCGAUACCCUGCAGGUGAUGACGAACGGGAGGUUCAAGAGCGUGAAGCACAGGGUUGUGGCAGACCCGAGCAGGUCAAGGCUGUCAAUGAUAUACUUCGGAGGACCACCGUUGAGCGAAAAGAUAGGACCUCUAGCUUCAUUAAUGGGGGAGGAAGAAGAGAGCCUGUACAAGGAAUUCACAUGGUGUGAAUACAAGAAGGCUAUGUACAAGUCAAGGCUCGGCGAUAAUAGGCUGGCCCUCCUCCAGAAAGCUGCAGGCUAAUGAGAUCAUGAAUCAUCCAUGAGUGGAAGGGUCCAGAUAUAAUUUGCACCCCAGCUGCUUUGAUUUAGCGUACUUUAGGUUUUUUCUUUCCUCUUCUCUGUAUGUUUUGUUGUCAGAUGGGAAAAUAGGGUUCAAAGAGUUGACUCCGCUUGACAUGUUAGUAGUGAAAGGAACAAGCUGCUGUUUAAUAUUGUCUGGGAUCUUUUAUUUUCUUAUUUUUAUUUUGGUUUUAAUUUUCAUGUAACCACCAGCGUCGACGUAAUGUGGAUGGAGCCCAGCUGUGUGUGAUGGUGUAUAUUGUUUGAAUAUUAAAUAGAUUUCUCAAUGACUUCACGAGUCAGUUUUUGUUU